UGGGCAUGAAUGAAGGGUGUAAAAACUUGUGUGUUCAUAGUAAGAAUUUAAAAUCUUAUUCAUCUUUCUCGUGGGAGCACUGUACAGCACGAGGAUUUACCAAAAAGAAAUAUCAUGUCUUCAUUCAUCUGUCCGGUGCUGGUCCUACUGGUAUCCCUUACCAACCAACUUAAGGGAUGCACCAUAACAAACUGGUGGAGCAGUUUUGACAAUGAAGGCUAUUCCACUUGCUGCAGCAAGACUAUUUACAUCAACGGUCUUUAUCGAAACACCAAUGGAGGAGUCAGAGAUGACGGUAUUCAUCGCAUCGAAGAAGCGCGCUGCUGUCCCCGACCCAGGUCUUACUGGUACCAGUCCACUGACUGCAUCGUGGCAGACUGGAUGCACAGCUUAGAGAACGACUAUCAAUGGAGCACAUGUCCAGGCGGCUACUUUUUGCAGGGUUUUUACCGUAGUGGCGAUAAAUGGCUGCAUAACAUCGAGUACGGCAAGUGUUGCAAACCCGCCAACCACCCACAUGCGUGGGGACACUGCUACGAGCAAAGUGUGGAAAGUAGCUUUGACAGCGAGGGGACCAGCAAGUGCAAUGAUAGCUACUUCAUGACUGGGUUGUACCGAGGAAGCUGCGAUAGACUCCACUGCAUUGAAAAAUUCAGAUGCUGUAAAAUGGUUAACAACCCACCAGCCCUGACAUCGCUAUCAGAGGUCAAGACACGAGUAUUGGAUACAACGAUGCAUCCACUUGCUCAACUGGCGAACUACCUCGGCUACGGCUGGUGCUCCAGCUGCCGCGCCCAGUAUGUGGGUGAGGACUUCCGACGGAACGGGGACAGCUGGGAGGCGGACACGAAAGGCCCAUGCAACGGCGAAAGGAGCCAUCAACGUCUAAAAAUACACUUUGGAGAUUUUACAUUCAAGAUUAAGAAUAUCACAUACGGAACUCCAGUGGUCCAAACAAUGAGGCCAAGUGUGCAUUACUCUGGCACCAUUAGAAACGACGACUCGUCGCCGUUGACACACAAAGUAGAGCGCGAGGUUCGUGACACUCGCACGGUGACACACACGACCACUAGCUCUUGGAAAAGAGCCCGUGAACUUGGAAUCGAGUUGUCUUACACGCCGCCGACUAGCUUUGGGGCUAAGGUCGCUUUCAAGUUUAAUUACGAAACCUCAACAACGACCACAGAUAGUGAGACAAACACACAGCAGUUCGUUGACAAGGUGAUGUCUCAAAAGACACUGGCUCCUCACUCGGCGGCCGAGUAUCGCAUUAUGCUGACCAGGUCGAGAACCACUAUGCCGUACACCGCCACCAUCAUCGCACAGUUCUCCGCAGAGCUGGACGGAUUCCUGAGGUGGGGAGGAGGAUUUAGUGGAGAUUCUAACAACUUCCAUUACCUGCACCGCGGGAAUAAGAGCAGACCGACCUUAAAGUACAGAUUUGGCGACUCGUCAAUUCCAUUUUACCGCGCUCUGAAGGAACAAAGUACCCGCAACAUGCGACCCUGGCAAUGGCACGACAUGAAAUCAAGACAUCCUGACUCACAAAACGUGAUAGACCAGUUACUUGACGAGCACAUGUACGAGUUCACCCUUACAGGCCAGUUUGAGGACGUGGUCGGCCAAGACGCCUCUGUUCUGUGGAAGACAGUCUCUCUCAAUGGCAAACGAAGGGUGGAGGAGGAUUUCCCUGCUGACGACACAGAGGACCCACCAAGAGUUUUCCCCAAGCCCCCCACGGUCGAUCUGACUCCUGGAAAGCAGGAGAUUCCAGAGCACGUGACGGAAUCUAUAAUUGCGUGAUUUGCGCUAAAUGAAUAGCGGCUUUGUUUUUGUGCUUGUUGUGUGUAUGGAUACGCAUUAAAAAUAGUUGGCCAUG